AUGGACUCUGCUUCAUUGGCCGAAACCUUCGCCAAGCGCGCCACACAGCUACGCGAGUACAUCUUCUCUCAGCCAGCCAACAACUUUGAGAACAAUCCCUGGGCCGUGGCAAAUGCCAUCGACGAGUUCGCGGAAACGCAGGGCCGCAUGAUGAUCUUCAAAAAGGCCAAGCUGGAUGUGGCACAAGCCCAGCUUACAGCUCAACAGCCGGCGCCACACACCAUUCUCGAGUUUGGCACUUUCGUGGGCAAGUCUGCCAUCGCCUGGGGUGCAAUUCUGCGUGAUAUCCACGGACAAAAUGUCCCCAAAGAUGUCAAUGUGUAUACUUUUGAAUUGGAUCCGCAGAUGGUCUCGCUUUCGCGAGAUUUGAUCAAACUUGCCGGUCUCCAAGAUGUUGUGCAUGUCCUUGAGGGCCCUGCAUCUGAUUCGUUGAAGAAGCUCCAUGCAGACGGCAAAGUGACCAGUGUGGAUAUGGCAUUCUUCGAUCACUGGGAGGAGUUCUAUCUUCCAGAUCUGCAGCUCGUUGAGGACUUGAAGUUGUUCCGACUUGGGUCACUAGCUAUUGCGGAUAACACUGAUUUCCCUGGGGCGCCGGAUUAUUUGAAGUAUGUGAAGGCUGGAGGUAGGGGAGUUGCUGGCUCCGUCAAGUAUGAGAGUCAGUCCUUCGCUACGGAGAGUGUACCGGGUAAACCGAGCAUCGUUGAGGUUAGCACCGUGGUGGCUGUCGAGUAG